AUGAGCGCCCACGUCGUGGUGAUCGACGCGACAGCCCGGCGGGCAACAGUCAAGACAACACCAGGAAAAUACUUGACGGACAUUCUACAAGAAGCAUGUUCAAAGCUCGGUUAUAGCGCUAGUCAGUAUGGCCUUAAGCACAACCGCAAGCAACUAGACCUCUCUCUUUCCUUCCGUCUUUCCGGCCUCAGCUCAGGAGCAAAGCUCGAGCUUGUGCAGCUAUCCCGAUCCCCUUCUAUUGUCACCGUUGCCUUACAACUUCCUGAGGCGGAGGCCCGUGGGGCUCCAAAUGGGCGUAUAAUGGACAAGUUCCCGAGUACGACAACAUUGUGGCUUGUAUUGCGCAAGUUUGAGGCUGGGGUAGCAGGAAGUGGGCCGGCUAGGAAUCUCACUGCGCGCGGUGUUCCCUCUAUAACUGGGGACUCUGGUGCUGGGCGGUUGUUCUACGAGAUCCCGGUGCUUCAGAUCUUGGGGCGCGAGCUAUCAAGCUUCACGGACCUACAGAAAUCCCUUGCCCAACUGGGUUUCAAUAGUGGCAACGUGCUUAUCCGACUCAGUUUUCGGCGGACAGAGGAGCCGCUCGAAGAAGCAAUGACGAAGAUUGCUGAAUACUUCAAGUCACCCGAGGACGAGAUGCCAGCUGCUAGGCCAGAUCAGACAUCCGCCACUCCUCCUGCAAAGGGGACUCUUGCCGAGCCCCAGGAUCAAGCAGCUACGCUAGCGGUCGUCGAUGAACCUUCCGUUACAGGUGCUUCUGGGCAAGAGCUCCCAAGCUCCGUCUCUGAUCAACCUGCAACGUUAACAGCUGGCCGUGCCGUCACGGUCUUCUCUCCCCCGACUAACGAUACACCAUCCUCCGCACAGAUAUCUCAUAAUGAAGAAGAUUAUAUCCCCUCUGUUGAGCACGCGAAAGCUCAUCAGCGGCUCCUCAACGAAGCCUCGCGCAAUAAACGCCUCCUCACAGAUGCGGAAAUUGCCGCGAAAGCAGCCGCAGAGGAAGCGCGUCGCUCAGAGGUUCGCGAAGUAGACGUGAAAGUCCGCUUCCCGGAUCAGAGUCAGGUGGUAGCCAAGUUUGGACCUCAAGACUCUGGGUUGACACUUUACGGAUUCGUUCGCAGCUGUCUUGCUCCUCCAUUCGCGGUAGAGAAGUUCACUCUGAAUGUGUUCUCUAGCCCAACUGCUGUUCGAUCGGCGCAUGCAAAUACAAUCCCCGACUCGGAUCAGACACUGUUAAUCAAGGACCUUGGCCUGGCUGGUCGAGUUCUUGUCAACUUCUCAUGGACUGAUAUAUCUGCGGCUGGUAAGCGCCGAACGAACCUUCUUCGUCCAGAGCUACGCAGCCAAGCUCAAGAACUCAAGGUCGAACAGCCUCCCGAGCCCGUGGAAGAACCAUCUGCUUCUACGUCGGCAAAGGCAGAACCAAGCGGUGCUCACGAUGGUGGCAAGCCUGGCGGAACACGAAAGCCUGGUGCGAUGCCCAAGUGGCUCAAGCUGCCGGGGAAGAAAUGA